UAGCAAUGAUCUGGAUUCUGUACUACUUUCCAUGCUUUUUUCACUAUAAAUAUUACCAUUUUCAGUGAUGGUUGCUGCUUCAUUUUUAUGCAGUGACAUCUGAUGCAAGCUUUCCUUAUCACAUAAAGAUUCAAGUGCAUACAAGGGUGGGAAGGAAAUGACAAAAAUCUCCAUUUUGUUGGUGUGGUUUUGGCUACUAAGUGGCUGGACAGGAUUGUUGGAUGCAGAAUACAUUAAGUACAAGGACCCUAAACAAUCAAUUGACUCUCGGGUUGAUGAUCUUGUUAAUAGAAUGACUCUUGAGGAGAAAAUUGGCCAAAUGUUGCAAAUUGAACGCAAGUAUGCAUCUGCUGAUUUGGUUAAGAAGUAUUUUAUUGGGAGUGUAAUGAGUGAGGGAGGGAGUAUUCCAGCUCCACAGGCUUCUGCUGAGACCUGGAUUAACAUGGUGAAUGAAUUUCAGAAGGGUGCUUUAUCAACCCGGCUUGGAAUUCCAAUGUUUUAUGGGAUUGAUGCUGUUCAUGGUCACAAUACUGUUUACAAAGCAACUAUUUUUCCUCACAAUAUUGGUCUUGGAGCAACCAGGGACCCUGAAUUAGUCAAGAGAAUUGGUGCAGCAACUGCCCUUGAAGUUAGAGCAACAGGAAUUCAAUAUGCUUAUGCACCUUGUAUAGCAGUAUGUAGAGAUCCAAGAUGGGGUCGGUGUUAUGAAAGUUACAGUGAGGAUCCUAAAUUAGUUCAAGCCAUGACUGAAAUCAUACCAGGCUUGCAAGGAGACAUCCCUCAUAAUUUACCAAAGGGUGUCCCUUUUAUCGCAGGAAAAGAAAAAGUUCUAGCUUCUGCUAAGCACUACGUGGGUGAUGGUGGAACAAUCAAUGGGAUUGAUGAGAACAACACUGUUAUUGACAGAGAUGAAUUGAUGAAAAUUCAUAUGCCAGCUUACUUCAAUUCAAUCAGCAAGGGUGUGGCAACCGUUAUGGUUUCUUACUCCAGUUGGAAUGGAGUAAAAAUGCAUACAAACCACGAACUUAUUACUGGCUUCCUCAAAAAUACUCUACAUUUCAAGGGCUUUGUUAUUUCAGACUUUGAGGGUAUUGAUAGGAUCACCUCUCCACCUCAUUCAAACUUCACUUAUUCAGUUGAAGCAGGGGUUUCUGCUGGCAUUGACAUGUUCAUGAAUCCAAAGUUUUACAUAGAAUUCAUCGAUGAUCUAACCAUGUUGGUGAAAAAGAAGUUCAUUCCAAUGAGUAGAAUUGAUGAUGCAGUGAGAAGAAUUUUGUGGGUUAAGUUCAUGAUGGGUAUUUUUGAAAACCCUUUUGCUGAUUUCAGUUUGGUCAGAUAUUUGGGAAUCCAGGAGCAUAGACAAUUGGCUAGGGAAGCUGUAAGAAAAUCUAUGGUCCUUCUAAAAAAUGGCCAAUCUGCUGCCAACCCUUUACUGCCUCUUCCUAAAAAGGCACCCAAAAUACUUGUGGCUGGAAGCCAUGCGGAUAAUCUAGGAUAUCAGUGUGGUGGCUGGACCAUAGAAUGGCAAGGAUUCAGCGGAAACAAUCUUCUCAAAGGGACUACAAUUCUCACAGCUUUGAAAAACACAGUUGAUCCUGAAACCAAAGUGGUGUACAAGGAGAAUCCUGAUGCAGAAUUUGUUAAAUCCAAUGGAUUUUCAUAUGGGAUAGUUGUAGUAGGAGAGCGUCCUUAUGCUGAGAUGCAUGGUGACAACAUGAACUUGACAAUCCCAGACCCUGGUCCUGAGAUGAUAAGAAACGUGUGUGGAGUAACAAAAUGUGUGGUUAUUGUAAUUUCUGGUCGUCCUUUGGUGAUUGAACCAUAUGUUGGUAUGAUAGAUGCACUUGUUGCUGCAUGGCUUCCUGGUAGCGAAGGCCAAGGUGUGGCUGAUGUUCUAUAUGGUGACUAUGCUUUCACCGGAAAGCUUCCAAGAACAUGGUUCAAAUAUGUUGAUCAACUGCCCAUGAAUGUUGGGGAUCAUCAUUAUGAUCCCCUCUUCCCAUUUGGAUUUGGCCUGUCUACCAAACCUACUAAGGGUUUUUACUCUGCCUAGUUCUCAUCUUGAUUUGUA